AUGCCAUUUCAUGGAGAGAUAAUAGGGAAUUUGAACCUUGCUUCAGCUGAGUGUAGGCUUGUAACUGGCGCUAAAUUUUGUCAAGGAAUGAAACAUUCCUUGAAAAAGGGAGCUGCAGCACCUUAUGAUAAACCAAAUAUUACUUCAUUCAUUACUGGCAAUCUGACAGUAAAUGAAAGCGAUACACUGAAUCUAACGUGUAUAGCUGAUGGUAAUCCAGAACCAAGUAUUGCAUGGAUAAGACUCUCGGACGAGAGACCUGUGCACUCUCCCUUGACCAUCACUGGUAAACAGGAUGAAGGAAAAUACAGAUGUGUGGCCACUAAUGGUGUGGGACACCCUGACAGUAGGAAUGUCUACAUCUUCGUACAAAGACACCGCCCAGAAAACACUAUUAAGACAACCAAUUUGACUGCUAAUACCGUUGUUGUAAAUACGACAUUCAGUAUUACCUGCAGUGCACAGGGCAACCCACCUGCAAAGUAUCGAUUCUACAAAGGAAAUGAGUUUUUAAAUGACUCAGACAAUGAUGGAGUGAUUACAACUUCAGUUAAUGAAAGAGUACUCAUGUUGAAUUACAGUUGUAUCCCGUUCAAUCUUUAUGCUAAUGGAAUAAAAGGAGUGAUAGCAGUGACAAUACACUAUGCCCCACAAGUCACGGUCUCACCAGAAGUAAAAACUGUCGUCGAAGGAAGCAACUUGAAUUUGACAUGUGCUGCUUCUGGCAAACCAAAACCCAGUAUAAAAUGGACUAAGGUUGACAGUUCUGAUGUUCCACACAAUGGCUUGCUACUUACCAUUGUGAAUAUAACCAGACCUAGGACAACAAACAGCAGAAUCGAGUAUCAAUGCAUGGCUAUUAAUGGAGUGGGGACGCCUGCGAUAGCUACGGCCAGCAUCACAGUGAACUAUCCAGCAUUGAUCACCAACCCUGAAAAUGAGACAUUCAUUAAGAAACCCGGAGAAGUGUCAGCUUUUCUUGUUACAGAGACGGUUAUCCAACACCAUCUGUUACCUGGACAAGGGGUGAUGUCAUCAUGAACUGGAAUUUUGAAGAUAAUCCUAGUAAAGUGACUUUUCAAGUAAAAGAGUCAAGCCCUGGUUGGUAUCGCUGCAAAGUUGAAAAUAAACUAAAUGUGGUUUUCAAAUGGUUUCACCUCAUGGUAACUGACGACAAAUUCUACAUUAAGUCAACCAUCACUAACAGGGACUGCAGCAACAAUCUUCAAGAAACUCUUCAGCAACUACGGU